AAUCUUAAGUGCAUGGCAACGGAAUGCUGCUUUCACUCGUCGAAUGACGUCUUACUAAGAUUGCCUGUAUGAUCCCUGGCAUGAUCAUUCUGAUGCGACUAUGAUGUUCCGUUUAAUACAUGAAACAUGGCUACAUUCUGGCGUUGGAAGCCAAGCUUCUACACUCUGGCAUUUAUUUUCAUGAAUAUUUUAUUGGUGGUAAAAGGACAGAAUUGGUACGAUCUACGGCUGGUUGGUGGCUCUCGGGAUAGUGAAGGCCGAGUAGAGAUAUUCUACUCUGGUUCAUGGGGUACAAUCUGUGAUGAUGGGUGGGGUUCUGACGAAGCCGAUGUUGCAUGCAGACAACUCGGAUACGACUAUGCAUUGACCUACCACUCCAAUGCCUACUUCGGAGAAGGAAGCGGUAAUAUCGUCUUGGAUGAUGUCAGCUGCUGGGGCUAUGAAAGUCAGCUUCUGGAGUGCUGGAGUUCAGGUGUUGGAAACCACAAUUGUGGCCAUCAUGAGGAUGUUAGCGUCGAAUGCUAUCCUCAAAGCCCUACUCCAGACCCAUUAGCCCCUCCUGCGAACAGUCUUCGGUUGGUAAAUGGUAGCACACCCUACGAAGGACGUCUAGAGAUCUAUCACAAUGGUGAAUGGGGAACCAUCUGCCAUGACGCCUUUGAUCCCAACGAUGCAGAUGUAGCAUGCAGACAACUUGGUUACGGUGGUCUACAACGAGCCUACUACAACGCUGAGUUUGGAGAAGGUUCGGGUCGCGUGUGGAUAGCUAAUCUCUUAUGCCGUGGCUAUGAAGCAAAGUUGGUUCACUGCGACCUUUAUUGGGAACCGUCUUUAUAUGUAUGUCCUCAUUCUGAGGACGUCGGGGUGAGAUGUACUGACCCGGAUGCGACUUUGAGGCUUAUCGGCGGGGACACGUCUUCAGAGGGACGGGUCGAAAUCCUCCAUGACGGAGAAUGGGGUACGAUUUGUGAUGAUUCCUGGGGUCGUGAUGAAGCUCGAGUAGUGUGUCAACAACUUAACUUCUCGGGGGCGUCUGAAGCACCAGGGAAUGCCUAUUUCGGUGAAGGUACAGGAUCGAUCUGGCUGGAUGAUGUCUCGUGCUUUGGAGGUGAAAGUCGCAUUGAGGAUUGUCACCAUGCCGGCUGGGGUAAUGAGAAUUGCGGACACCACGAAGAUGCAAGUGUCAUAUGUUAUGAUGGUGAAGGAGGCGGUAGGAAUGGUGGUUUGAAUGCAGCAGAGAUUGCAGGUAUAGCAGUAGGAUCCAUUGUUGGAUUUUGUGUACUCGUGUGCGUCAUCGCAACUUCUUGCAAAGACUCCCAAGGCAGACCUCCCACGAAUCGACCAAUCAACAACAUUACUCCUAUAACAUACCACAACCCAUCCACCCUCCAUGCGGAACCAUCCGAACAGAGUGCCCCUCCUCCACCAUCAUAUGACCAGCGUGACAAAUACUCAUCCUAUCCCGAUCACCAUAAUGCACCACCACCACAACAGGCAUUCGACCCUGUAGGGGGCCACGUCACCAGUGGCUCUUACCCACCACGCCCGCAACAAACACCAGGAUAUUACCCCUCAUCAGGGCAAUCUCUAGAACCUCCAGGACCAAUCCCGUAUUCUACUGGGGUAGAGGAACAUAGAGCUAAUGCUCCUCAUGGGUCGCAUUAUCCUGCAUGGCCAUCUUCACCCAUCGGAGCGCAUCCUUCACCUUAUCCACCACCUCCACCACCAGGCAUACAAGGAGGAACUGCAGGAUCUGGCCAUACAUCCAUUUCGGAUCCCGCUCCUGUGCUUCUUGCUCAACCAGCUCCUGUCCCUCAAGCAUAUGUUAUGUAUAUCCCUCCUCAUCAACAAGAUAACAACUACCCUUCUACUCUGUGAAAGUUCUGAACAUCCUUUUGUAUAUUAAAAAAAAGUGAGGAAGACUCUCCCCUCCGCUCUAUCUGAAUAUUUAUCAACCAGGAUAACUUGGCGUUCUUUGGAAUGAGACAUGCAGUAUUAAACUGCGAUGUUUAUAUCUACACAGCGUUGUGACUGUUGUUAUAAAUCGUAUAUGUAAUUUAUUCAAUAUAACUUGAUGACUACAUGUAGGCAAAUACCAAUGUCU